UUCUAGCAGCAAGGAACAACAGGUAUCUGAUCGUACCGGUACCAGUUCUGGCCAGUAUCUUUUCCCAACCAAAAGAAAUUAGAGGAGAAAUUCGAAAUUCCAUUCCGUUGCAACCACUAAACCUGUCUCCACCAAAACAUGGACAAGUUCCAAUAACUMUCGCCAGGAACCAUCUACAUUGACCUCGUCACACCACUGCUGCAAAUCGGCGCUGCAAUUUGCGGAUCGAACGACCGGCUCGAAAAUGGGCUUGCAAACAGCACCACCAAAAACAAAAACAAAAACGACACCACCAACACCACCAACCACAGCUGCUUCCGCCGAGCGGUUCUCGAGGGAACGUCCUUUCCCGUCCCGUGCCACGCUCUGCCGUGCCCUCACCGAGAGGGGCUCGCCGCGUCCCCCCAUCCCGCGUCCCGGAGGACCCCGAUCCACCACUUCGUCGCCCCGUGCUGCGCGGCGCUGACGCAGUAGUUGCCCGCCCCCGUUCCCAGAAGGCCCGGAAAGGGGUUGGCCUGGACGACGCAGAGUUGUCCCCGGUCGGCGAGGCAGUCGACCUCGUCCCUGUCGCUCUCGAUGGCGUUCCACAGGCAUCCCCGGUCGAAGAGGCCGGGAUGGAUUGCGCCCGCGCCCGGUGUCGAUGUUGAGUCGUCGCCAUCGCCGGUGCCUGUGCUUUGAGGGAAGCGGCAGUGGACGACCCCGUCGAGGGGGAUCUGGUCUUCCUCGGAGAGGUCCUCGUCAAAGUCCUCCAGGGCCUGGGCCACCACCAGGUUGUCCCAGAGGGACCGCGACAGGCAGAACCCCAGGGAGGGCUCGUCGACGGUGCACCAGGUGCAGGAGUCGUCCCCCCCGCAGCCCUCCUCCCCCUUGGGCAGGCAGGAGGCGGCCCCGUCCCAAAAGGCCGCGUCCGAGGCGUCAAAGACGGGGGGUUCGCCUUCGGAUUCUGCUUCGGUUUCGCUGUCGCUGUCGCUUGCGUAGCACCGGAGGUGCAGGAGCUCGUCGUGGCCGUUGGCGCCUGCGUUGGCGUUGACGAGGUCCGCCUGGGCCGUCCGAAGGCAGACGCCGGAGGAAGAUCCCAGGGGGCACCAGGAGCACCCGGCCUUCGCGCAGGCUUGGUAGCCGCCGCCGGUCUCGGGGGUGGUGCAGGACCAGUCGGCCCCCGGCCCGAACUCAACGGCGAAGGAGGAGGCGGGGGGGUCCCCCGAGAGGGCCCGCAGGAAACCCCCGCCGGGAGGAGAGAGCCCCGCCGUGGCGAGCUUCGAGGCGAGCCACCGCCGGAACGAGGGCUCUGUGCGGGGGGCCUCGUCCCCGGCGGCGGCCGCGAGCAGCGCCGGGGCCAGGGCACACCAGAGCGCCAGCCCGCGGGAAGAGACGCGCAUUGUCUGUCGUCUCGGUUGGUCUCUGCUGGAUCCCCACCCCGGGUCCCCGGUCCGUGUCUGGUUUCUCCGCCGGUUGCUGGAGGUACGAACCGAAGAAGCUGCGGUGCGGUAGGUCGGAGGAUUCUCGGUGAACGAUCGAUCGAGAACGGUGUCGAGCCAGAAGCAGGGAAAAUGGGUACGGUACCGUACAGCAGCUGCUCGCCUGCUCCUUUCGUGCCGGGACCGGAGGCGUCCAUUGUAGUACUGUACUAGCGUAUCCGCACUAUGAAUCCUCUAGAACGAAUCCUCACGGAUGAAGAAUCCUCUCGAUCUCCGCACGCGUUCUACGCUACGUAGCGUAGGUAAGGCACUACACUCUUAUGUUGUGCGGGGUACGUACGGUAUGGUACGUACUUUUUUACGAGUGCAUAAAUACUAGGACUAGUGCUUCUUAGUACGGUAAAUACGUACCUACCGGUACCUUAGUCUAAUCUUGACGUUGAGAGAGCAGACACUGGAUACCGAAUACCAAAGAAGGGUCUCACUCUUCGUAUUUAUUGUUUCAUGCGCGCGAAGAUAGAGACGAAAUCGCGCGACAAAACGGAAAACUGAACCAUCGUUUCAAAUUUUUUUCCCAAAAUUGAACAACUAGAAAAUUCGAAUUUCAGAAGUCGGAGCUGCCAGAAACCUAUGAACGAAUCCGAGGGCUGUGGACACAGUUUUCCUCGACAGCCUCUCCCUGUUUGCCUUCGUGCCAUGCAUCGCAUCUUGUCUUAGGCUUGCAACACCUGUUCGACGAUUUCGAGAUCGAUCCACACCGAGAGAAAAAGCAGAGAGAACCCUCGGAGCACGCACGCACGCACGGCACAACAGAAAGAGUCGCGGUUCUCCGUCUCCGCGGCACGCCUUCCCCGAGGCAUCUCGUACCUCGAGGACGGAAACCGAGCCGAGCACCGAUCGCACACAGGCUUCGUCUUUCGCUCCGCCGCUGGAGGGCUCGGAACGAUUCGAGCGGGGGGGGGACGAUGGACCGGGGACCGACCGGAUGAAUCCGCUCCCGCAGCAUGGAUCGCUCCAAGCAAACCCCGAAGAAGAAGAACGAGAACGCCGCGGGCAGGGGUGGAACCAGCGGACCGGGAGCGCCGGCAGCAAAAACGUCGGCUCCCGGGGUGGGGAAACGAACGCGGGAGGCCAGCCGUAACGACGCAACUGCGGAAGCAAAAGCGGAUGCGGGACUGCCGAAACCGACCAAGCGACCGAAAACAUCCGGCCCCGCGGGUGGCAGCCACCGAGAAACGGCCGCUACACCAAAAACCAAGACCGCGGAACAAGGCACAACCAGCGCCGCCUCCACCAAGGACAAGGACAAGCCCGAGAAAGCAAAGGAAGCGGCUUCUGCGGUAGCGAGGUGGCCGGACCCAGAACCAAAGACGGAUCCAACGCCCGGAAACGGCCGGGUCAGGGGGUCUCCCGAGGACCACACCAGCGCUGCCACACGGGGCAUCGUCUUUCUCGAGGAACAGGUCCGGAUCCACGAGGCGACCCUGCGGGCCUGGAGGCAGCGAAGGGACAAGGUUUCGGAAGAACGCCAGCGAACCGCGGCCAGGAAACGGAGGCUCCUCCUCCGACGGGACGCCCUCGUGGAGAAGCAGAGGGCCCUGGAGGACGCCAGGGCCAGGCACCUGUCCCUCCGGGAAGAACUGGUGGAGUCCCUGGCGAUGAGUAGGGAACGAUUGAACCGCCUGACGGCGCUGGAAUCGGUGGAGAACGAGGCAGGCGAUGGUAGCGAAACCGACCAAGAAACCCCUGCGCCUGGUGUUGGCGUGGCAGCCUCGCCUUCCAGAACGGAAGACAGGAAAGACGCCGGAGAAGGCACGGAAACCAGAGCCGUUCCCGACACUAAUCUCCCCCGGGGGACGGGGAAACUGCCACAGAACCCGCCAGCGAUCGAUUAUUCGGUUGCCGAGCACCGCCCGAUCGCCAAGCCAGCCAGGACAUUCGAGGAAGUCCUUCUAUCGCGGCAUCGAUCAAACGAUCCCGAAUCCUUCGCUCCGAACCGUCGCUCGCUGUCGGCGUUUUUGCCCCACCUCGACGCGUUCCAGGUGGAAAAAUGCCUGACCCUCAUGCUGCGGGAAGCAAGUGCCAUGGAGCACGACGGAAAUUCGAGUGGUGGCAGCGACAGCGAGAACGAGAACGAAAGCGAGAACGACAAUGACGUUUGGAAAAGCGCAGAAAACAAACACCCGAAAAGAAAUUCCGAACAGAAUCCUAGAAAGCGAUUGUUGGAAAAUACCUGUCUCGAUGUAUUGCUCUUGGUGCCUUUCGUCGACCAAAAAUCUGCAGAGACAGAACCACCAGAAAACCUGCCCGCAACGGAUCUGGCAAGUGUUGGUGACGACAAGGAAGGAGAGGAGCAGUGCAACGACCAAGAUACCGGCACAACCUCGGAAACAGGAGAGUUUGCGGUUGCGAAUUCACGUUACAUAAAUCCAAACAUAACGCUUUGCCCGUACGAACUAGCCGGCAUCUGUGCCGACGACCUCUGCCCGUACCAACACACACAAAGGACCAAGACGAUUUUGCCACGCGAGCUGCUCCCGCUUCCGUCUUUGUCGUCGUUUGUAUCGAAAACGGUCGAAGCCCGUACCAAACAGAAUGCACUACCAGCCACACCGACGCAGUCCAUGCCGAUUACCGAUGCAAGCCACGAAACACCGGCGAUGCCUGCCAAAGAAAAUGUUGGCGGAGAAGCGGAGGAGGAGGACCUGUUGGUGUUGCCACCCCUCGAUAGCAGCCCCGAUGACGACGGGGAUGAAGCGAUGACUGAGACGGGAGGAAACAGUCCUGGCAACAAGGGCAACGGCGACUCUGGCAGCGAAAUCGACUCUGCCGACGAGUGGGGAGAUUACUUCUCACCAACGGUUGGACCCUCGGGAGCGACCGAGGCGGCCAAUCCGGGACGUCGAUCCAGGAACAACGAUUGGUUUUGGUGGAGUGCCCGUCUAGCAAUCGGUGGAGUUGGCAAAGCCGAACACACGGAAGCGAUUCCAAGGGCACGGCCCGAAAAACGAGAACUAUCCAUUCGAGAGAUACUAAAAGAAACGUUUGGCAUUUUUAUACGCGAACACCAAGAUUCGAAGGCUUCGAAGGAUGCUACGAUUUCGAAUGGAGAAGAAUCCUCGUCCACGAGCUGCUACGAAAGACUGGAAGUAAAAGGUGCACCCGUUCCGAGUCAUUGUGGUUCUCGCAGUGAGAUCAUGCUGCGAAACAUGGAGUUUUUUGGUCGACUGGUCGAUGCAUCCCGUCUCGCUCUGCACGGAGGACUCGAUUCCGUUGCUUUUGCACUUUAUCAAGAACUGAGGCGAUCCCAUACGGUGCAAGACGGGUCACUGGAGAAACUGAUAGAUCUGGUGGGUGCUCAGAUCAAUUUCUGUCGAUUCUACGGGAGAGAAUCUCGCGUUUCGUUUUUCCAAGCUGCAUUUGCGUCGCAAGCAGGGCUUUCGAUAGCAUCCUGGUGCGCAGCCGGCUAUGGAAGGAUGCACGAGAGCGGUACGACAAUGGCGCUCUUUUGCAGCGCGUGCUGGGAAAUCUUGGGCCAUCCCGUAGCAGUGGAAAGAACAGCCGAUUCCGAUCCAUUUGAUGGGGACACACUGAAAGAGCAUUUUUGGAAUCAACACGGAACAGUUCGGGACGGCGUGAGUGGCAUUCGGUCGGACACCGACAAUCCUUCAACAAACACAGCUGUCGACGCACCGUGGAAUUUGCAUUCCAUCAUCCGGUGGGCUCUGUCGAACGCCUCCAUUCCUUUGUCUAACUCUCGAGAGGUAUCGGUGGAGCAGGUUGGAGAAAGACUGAAUGCAACCUGGUUGACAGCCGUUACCUUUCUGAACGAAUACGAAGACCAACGACGCAGUGAUGACAAUGCUUCUCCCCAAGUAGAGAAAUCCAAUUGGGAUCUACAAUGCCUCAAGGUUGCAAUCGUCGUCGGAUAUGCAAUAUUUGGGGCACUGGCAAAUUUUACCACUACUGUCGUGGAGACCAGUGAAGGCAGGCGACCGAUUCUCUCGGUAGGUAAUCUGGCUGCAUGGACCGUUUUGGACGGAGCCGUGGCAAGGAUCACAAAAGGUCUGAGAAAACGAUUUACCAAUUCAACCCCGUUGAUGGAUGCCAUUCUGGCACCCAUUUAUGCCUGUAGCAUUGCCUCGUCCUCCUUCCUUCGCAACUAUUCCGCGGCACACCACCGUUUGACGGAAUGCCUGGGAGAGGGAUUCCGGGCGCACGGGACUGGCAUCGGUGACCCGUCCCUCGGUGUGCUAGCUUACUCCGAGCUUCUGUGGUCUCAAUUGGUGCAACUGCGCAUGAGCCUGCCCAACGACUCGCCCCCGCAUGCCACGAAGGAUUCCUCCGUGGCUGGUUGCGAUCUCACGGCUUCCGGUGCCAAGCAAGCAGAUUCAGCGAGAGACAAGAGAAACGAAGGGUUUCCCUGGGAGCCAUCGCAGGCUGUGAAGGUAGAAAACAAACACCUAGUUGCCAAGCUGAGAUCCAGGGGGAUUCUCUUGCGGCACGUUGUAUUGUGGGGUGAUUGGUUGCUUUUGUCAUCACUGCAGAACAUAUCCGAACGCAACAAACUUCUUCCCUCGGGGGUCCGGAGCGAGGACCGGACCCUGGAUUUCGGUUUCGACCUGAUUCGGUCUCGGAAGAGGAGCCAUAGCCCAGCCGACAAUCCCCGUCGUGGUUCUGGCCAUCAAUAUCCCCCCCCUCCGCCUCUUCCCCAAUUACCUCUCCAGCUGCUCCACCUCGGUCAUUCCAUCCAAGUCCUCAACCUGGACCGGUGCAGUCUCGAUCGACUUCCUAGAUCCUUUGGUCUCUAUUUUCCCAAUCUCAAGGAGCUUAUUCUCUCGAACAAUAAUCUGAGCGAGCUCCCUGAAUCCUUUAGAGGGCUGACUGAACAUAUGACAUCUCUCGAGGUAUUCAACGCAGCCCGCAACCAGCUCACAUCGCUCCCAGCCACUAUGUUUUCCCACGCCGCCACUGCCGCCUUGUCUUCUUCGUCGCCGCCGCCUCUCAAACUUCUGGAUCUCUCCGAAAACAGACUGUCGGCACUGCCCUCCCUUGUAAACCUUGUCCACCUAGAGAUAUUGAGGGUGGGGGCGAAUCAGCUGAUCGAAAUAAGCCCAGCCGACUGGUCUCGUCUGGUUCUCAAAAGGCCGUCCCUAAGGCAGCUGUCGUGUGACCACCAAGGGGAAAGUCAACCAACGAAAAGGGACAAAUGCCACGAUGCAUUGCAUUCUGAUGCAUCGCGGCGAAACAGACCAGAGACUUGGGGCGUUGUCAAGUUCACUACGAACACCGAAUCAAUCGGCCAUGGAGUGAAUAGAUCGGGCCCGGCAACCAAAAACGACUAACGUAGUUUAUAAAUGACAAAGCCGUACAACCGAUGCGCAUCCAGAUUGUUGCAAAACUGUAUUAUCUACUAUUUUGCGUUAAUGAAAGAAGUUUCUACCGUUCAUCUACUAUUCGUCGAUCGAUCUGUCGGUGUUGUGCUAGUAGAGAUCCUUGACAACAAUACCAACUACCGAACAACUAUAAGUUAGUAAAAGGUUUGUGUGGCGCUCUGCUGCUGGCAGUUUUGCAAUUGCUCGUAAAGAAAGGAGCACGCUUGGGCAUCCCCGUUGCUGGACUUGAGGCAGUCAAAAAACAAUUGCUUGUCGUUGGAACAGACCCCGUUGUCCGCGGGGGCCGCCAUUUGCUGCGGCUGGGCGGCAGGGGCGGCGGCGUGGUCGCUGCCGCUGCUGCUUCCUCCGCUCAUGGCUCCGACGGCGGCACCCACGGCCUGGUGGGCAAUGGCGCUACCGGUUCCAAAGGCCAUUCCCUGGGCAAUGGUCGAUCCGAUUCCCGAGAGCAUGCCGCCUCCGCGGGAUUGCUGCUGCAUGGGAGCGGGGGCCGACGCCGCGGGAGCGGGGGCGGGGGUUGCCUUUGUGGAUGCGGGGCGGGAUGGUGGGGGGGAAGGACGGGCUGCGGGCCUGCGAGCACCCAUGCCACCUCCUCUUCGACCUCUCUGUGGGUCGAAGGGGUGGAACGCGGCGCAUGUAUUCGUACCGUWGCCACAUCGGGUGCAUGGGGCAGUUGUGUUCGCAACGGCAUCAACGACAAAAAAGCACGACAAGAUGAGAACGAGGCGGGAAGCAGCGACGAAGUCGUUGCGCAGACUACUUGUUUCUUCCAAAAAGACCUGGUGGGCCGUCACCAAGAUACUCCAGAAACAGAUGUUUCGUGGCUGGAUCCCAGAGGUUUUGGCUCCUCAGAUCGAUUCAAUCGUGAAGUUCUUGUCAUGGCAGACACUAUGGCAUCGUUGUUGGUAAACUUACAGCCAUUGUAUUAAAGUUCGUUUAUUAAAAGAAAAAGAAAGGUAAUGUUUCUUCCUUCGGAAGUUGUGUCUGUGCAGGUGAGGCUACGAGUACCCGAUUGCAUCUCGUUGGAACGAAAACGAUUCUCAUGAUUCACGGCGAGAUCUGCCGACUGCCGAUCGUCCAGUGGGUUUUUCGGUUGUGGAUUGUUGUUUGCCCGGUUUUCGUAGAGCUUCGAAGAGAUGAGCGAGAGAAACCCUAACUUAUGUGCGCAGAGCGCGCGCGAAAUAAAUAGCAUGGUGCUGAUUCAGCAAUAUUAACGGACGUGGGACAGACGUUACAUGAAUAAUGCUACUGCCGUUUUCGUACCGGCAGAAAGGUCAUACCGUAGAAUAGUAGAAGUAAUUGCACUGUACUUGUUGUAACGUACGAUACGUACUGUACGGUUCCGUAAUUCGUACUAGUAGCAGUUAGCAGAAACGGGUGGUAGUAGUAGUAGUCGUACUAGUCGUACUUCGUAUUGGAUCGAAAUGAAGUUUGAUGUAGGUUAGUUUAGUAGAAAUCGUAAUCGUAGCUGCUACGGAAGGUCAUGCUCAACAUCACACUCACUUUGAAUCAACGGAGCUCGGAAUAUUUACUUGUACUAGUAGUAUUCUUGCUAGCUGACCUUCUUGUGGUCCAAACAGCAUCCGUCGUUUUAUAAUCUUGCAUUAGAAGAAAACGAUGACAACACAAUCCAUUGAGCGAUGCAAUCAUGCUCAACUAAUGUUUCUCUCGUUCGUAUAAUGUCAGUUUCUCACGUAGCAACCUCUUUCAAGCGUGUCAGAUUGUUUAAAUUUGAUGUGUGUUAGUGUGAUUUAUUUGUUGUUUAUUAUGUAAAACAGCUUUGGUCGUUUGUUCAAAUUUGGUGAUUUUCCAAAACCAGUAUUCGCUUUGUUGCGGUCGAGAAACGAAAAAUAUAGAAGCAAAUCCAAUCGACGACCCUGCGAUCGAUCGAUUGAUUUAUCUAUCCAUCCAUUCAUCCAUUCGUCAAUCGAUCAUAAAGUAUUCUACCAGAUCCCUCGCAGAAACAACCCCAACCAGCCGUUCCGAUUCGUCCAGAACGAACAAUCGAUUGAACCUAAGCUGCGCAAAGUAUUCAAAGAUGCUCUGCAACGUGUGCGCCGUGCUGCAAGAAUGCAUGGCGUCGGGCGUAGUCACAUCCGUCCGUUGCUGCUCCAGGACGUCACUCAGGGUCAGAUCGAGAUUGGCCACCGCAUCCUCGGCGUCCGUCGCCCGGGUCAAAAAGGUAAUGUCGGAUCUCGAGUAGACACCGAUCAACCGGUCCGUUGCCACGUCGACGACCGGCAGGGCGGAUAACUCGUGCUCGUGCAUCAAUUCUAGAGCCCGCGCCAGGCUUUCGUCGGGUCCGACCUUUACGAGGUGUUCGUGGUAGGUUCCAAUCUUAAGAUCGUAAAUCGAAUCGUCGAAAAGGCGCCGUGUUUCGCGAAAGUGGGUCACCAGGUGCUCCAGAAUGUUCGUGUAUGUGAUGCAUGCCAAGACACGCAUGUCCUCUGGCAUGACAAUUGGCAAAAAAUCCAAGCGGGUUCUGCUGUUGGUGAUACUGUUGUUGUUGUUUAGGUUCGUUCCCUUCGCUUCGUCGUUUACCCCAUCGAUGGCGUCCGCAGCAUUUGUGGAUUCCUUGUUGCUGCUAUUGUUGCUGUUAUUCUUUGAAUGUUUGCUACUAGAGGAAUGCGCCAGGAGAAGCUUACAUGCCUGUUUUAGGCUGGUGGAAGAAUCGGCAGAGGGAAACCCAAAUGUUAGAUUCACGGCUUCGGAAAUGGACGGAUCCUGUAUCAUGUUUGCGAUCGAUCUAGUAGCAAGACUGCCGACGUCGCCGUUCGUGCGUUUGAAGUGCCGCAAUAUGUCAAUGAAAUCCGUCACCUUCAACAGACCGACAAAUCGGCACUGAGUAGGGUCCCACAAGGGAGCGGCCUGCAUGUCUGUUGACAUAUGACAUGAUUAUGGGAUAUUUUGAACGAUCCAUUGGUUAAUUUUCAUGUUCAUAAUCAUUGCGUUUUCGAGAGCGGUAACAAUAAUUCAAUGUUUACACGACGACGCCAAAUAUGGGAUUUUACGCAUGAUGAACGUCAGACAAGUAGGAGAAAGAAAUAAAGGUAGAUAUGGGUGAGCGAGUCAAGUGGUAGUUAAUAUAUUGGCAGCUAUCAAAAAAAGACAUUAGGCCACAAGAAAUCAGCUGCCCAAUCGCCUACAGCAAUAUUCACUGUCGUUUUUGAUGCAUGCUUUCACUUCAGGACACUGCACUGGCUCUUUACGCACCGUGUUCGACCAAGGCAUAAAAGGCAAGCUGAAUGGGAAUCCGGGUGUCAAAGACAACAACUUUGCCGCUGGCCCUCAGGACACUGAAACAAUUGUGUGAAUCGAGAAAUGCACUAAUGGCUUGUCGCCCGGCUUUCCGUACGACCUCGGAUUCGUUCGCCAAUUGCAGGCUCGGUCCCACCGGUAAAUUGUCGGCCCCCGUCAAAGCAUUGUGUUGUAGAUGCUGUUGUUGAUGAUGAAGAUCCAUGAUUGUGUCAAUACAACUAUUUCCCGAUAAGCGGUGACUUGGUGAAUGAUGUUUUUUCUAACACUUUCUGCGUUGAGUUUUUUCAGAUCUCCAAUGAUUGUUAUUCAAAUGUGCAUUCACCAGAACCGCCACGACAACAGCGAAUCCAGCACUAAUGAACAAAGUUUAAGGUAUGUGCGGUAUGUUAUCGCUUUGGUCUAUUUUGCAUCUGAUAUUGAUUGGAGACGCAUCCAAAGUGAGCAAGAAGUGUCUCGUUGUGUGUAUUUGUAUGCGUUUUGUGUUGCGAGGGGAUGCAGAGGCUGUGGAGAAUAAUCUUAUUCUAUCGCAUCGGAUUAUUAUCGGUCAUGAGAGAAAAAGGUUGUCAAAAAGCUCUGAAGAACCAACUUUCAACUCGGGGAGGACGACAUCUUGUUGAUUAGGCUAAUUACUAGUUUUUACGUAGAGGUACCGUAUUUGUAAUUUCUACUGGAUUAGUACUCGGAGAGUUCGGUACCUGGUACGGGACAAUCGGACGAGUUUUCAAUUGCUCGAGGGAUAAGAUGAUUUUCUUACACGUAUGGACCGUCAGAUUUUGAUUCUUCGCGCACCGCGCGCUUGUUUGGAACAAAAAGAAUGUGGACUGUUCCUUCUUUCCUUCCUUUGAAAAACCCUUUCUUUCUGUGGAACAACAAAAUUUGAACCUUGACAUCUGCCGCACAAUUAUUUGGAAGCGUCAUCGAAGAAGAAUCAAUCAAUCAGGCCCAAAUUUUUUCAUCAAAACCACAAAAUCGUGAACAAAAUAUCCGUUCUUGAUGAUGAAAAUAAACAGCGAUGUUCACCGUAUGAGUUGAGUAUGAGAGUUCAGACAACGCCACGAGCAAGCAUACAAGCUUCUCGAUAUUGUGACUUUUUCAGAUGAAAUUCAUUGCCCCCGCAAAUCGCAUCAUGCUCAUCACCUUGUGAAAGAAACGAGUUUUCGUUGUGGGAGUGAUGGAACGAUCGAUUCUUUCCUCGGUUUCGUGAGUAGAUGUAACAAUCACACUUGAAUACAAGAAGAGAAAUUCAUUUCUUCAACCAUACAAUCACUUUCACACCGUGCAACAACAGAAGGAAAGGAAGAAAACUCACUAUUUGCCGCAAUAUUCGACAAUAAAAUCUAGCGAUUCUUUGGACCAUCGCACAUACUGAAAUAAAAUUACUGAAAGUUGGAAACGAGUGACCGUAAAUGAAAGAGAAAGCCCUCUAUUUAUGUUUCCAAAAACUGAAUCGUUUGACCCGAGAAAUUCAAGGAAAUACAUCUUAUUUUCCAUUCUAUAAUCUGCCUUCUAGACCAAUGUUUGUUGAACGAAGGGGUUGUAGAUCGAAUGCUGAAACCCUGCUUGCUUAAACGACGCCAAAUUGAAGCGUAGUACCAACCAUAAACGCUGAAAACAGUGUUAUGGUGACUUGCAAGCAGCAGUUUUGCUCGGCCAGUUUGGGACAACUCUGGAUGAACAAAUGCUUGGUUAGCCGUCUAAUUGUUGAAACAGUUCGACACAGUGCGAUAGAUUGGAUGGGAAGCACUUGUUACUAACAAGUUUCAAAUUAUUGCAAUAAUUCAACUAGUAAAGAAGGCACAAAAAAGUGUAGCUGAGAGAAAAAUUCCCUUGCGCUAGUGCUUGCCACAAUAUUCAAUGCAUUCUUGGCCAUAUUUCUUCUAGCACCAGUACCUAGUACUAGUACCACACCAUGGACCGGGCACUUGAAAUAUAAUUAUGUAUUACUG